AGUACGUAGUUGGUGGAAGGUCAUGUUACUCCUCUAUGUUCCACCCAUGUCCCAAAUCCGCGGUCCUGUCUUGCUCUCCUUGUGAUUUGUACUCGCUUGCAUCUCUUUGCUUGCUCCUUUCCUACUUCUCGUCUUCCUAUACAGAGUCUGAAACUGCAUCCGCGCAGACAGCCACAAUUAGCUCUUCUCCAUCGACUCACACUGUCGUGGUAGGCUAUGAGACGAACCAAUUCCAUCCGAACAAUUUGACCGCCAAUCCUGGAGACGUGGUAGUCUUCCAGUUCGUUGCAGUUGGUCACACGGUGGUACAGUCGAACUUCCAAGAACCAUGCGUUCCAAGAGAUGCCUAUCAUCCAGGCCGCUCGACGUUCUUCAGCGGCUGGUAUAAUGGCAGUGACGUGGGAACCGCCAAUUCGCCAACAUGGAAUCUAACAAUCAACGAUACGGCUCCCAUAUUCUACUAUUGCUCACGAUUAGGGUCCUGCCUCACCGAGCAGAUGAUCGGUUCAAUCAACCAAAAUGCAACCUACUCCCUCCAAGCUCAGCUCAACUCGAUAAACAGCUCAGACAUCAUGCUUCAACCUGGCGAAGCUAUCCCUGAGGAAUCUACNCCCUCGUCUUCUGCCACACCUGCUCCCUCCAGCCACAGUGUUACUCUUUCUGGUGGUGCUAUCGCUGGUAUCGUCGUAGCAGGCGUAGUCGUUCUCGCCCUCGCUUGCGCGCUCUUCUGGUUUGUAGGCCGCCACCGCACACUAAAGCACUCUUUAAACAGCGCUUCCCAACACUCUGGCGCAGUGGAGAGUUGGGUCAACAGUACAAACCCACCUUCCACGGUUGGAGGCCCGCCUUCCAUGCGUCCACCUUCCUAUGGACCAGGUGACGGAGGUUACAUGACUCCUAUGGACGCACACAAACAUUGGGAGUACGGACAGCAAAGACACAGUUACAUGCCCAUGACACCACCAAUCCAGGAGUUGGGGGUCAGCGAGCCGGUAGAGAUGGAAGAGACAGGGAGGGGAAGAACGCGAUCUAGAGAGAGCGAG